AAAGGCACAAAGAUUAGAAGACAGUCACCACCGGUUUCCCAUUUGCUUUUUGUAGAUGAUUGUUUCAUUUUUUUGAAUUUGAAAAUGUAGGAGGUUUGGUGUUUACAAUGGUUUUUGAGUGCCUUUUGUGCUCAAAACAGGUCUGCGUAUUAACUUUCAUAAGGCGGAGUUGUAUACCAGUCCAAAUAUGCCUUCAGUCCAUCAAGAUUUUUUUGUUUUGGUGUUCGAAGUUAAGGUAAUGCCAAAACCAGGCAUUUACCUUGGUGCAAACUUCGGAUUUGCAGGUAAAUCAAAGGGGGAGAUUUUUAAGUCUAUUAUUCACAAGGUGCAGGGUAAACUUCAAGGUUGGAAGUGGGGGCUUCUGAAUUUUGCAAGGCGGUAUGUGUUUAUUAAUCAUUUGCUUCAUUCCAUCCUUGUGUAUUUGAUGUCGGUCUUCAAGAUGCCGCUGUCCUUUCUUAGUAAGCUCACAGCUAUAAUUCGGAAAUAUCUUUGGUACUCAAAUAAGCAAGGUGGAAUUUGUUGGAAGCGUUGGCAGCUGGUGUGCCUUGGGAUUUAGGGAUUUGUUUUGUUUCAAUCAGGCAUUGCUUUUGCAAGCAUGGCGAAUGUUGUCGAACCCCAAUUCGUUGUUGGCUAAGGUAUUGAUAGGCAAAUAUUGUACCCAUCAGAAUUUCCUAGCAAUGCAGGAUUCUAAGAAAGGCUAUUGGGGUUGGAGAAGUAUCUUAUGGGGUAAGGAAUUUUUGGUCUCAGGUUUGCAAUGGGUAGUUGGAGAUGGUAACAAGACUAAUCCUUUGGAGGAUCUGUGGAUCCCAUCCAUUAACAAUUCAUUACGAGGAAGUUGUAGAUCAAGAUGGAGGAUUGCGGCAGUGGAUUUUUGUCAUUGAUGGUUCUUGGAGAAAUAGUGGACGACAGGCUACUGAUGUAGCUGGAGUAGCAUGGAUUUGUUUUGAUGCUCACAAUCAAUUAGUGUCCCAGGAAGCAUUGGUACUUCACUUAACACUAUCUCCUUUAAUGGCUGAAGCUAAGGCAUGUUUAGAGGCCAUUCGAUGGGCUGCGAGGAGAAAAUUACGUAAACUUAUUAUAACUAACUGUCAAGUUUUGGUAAGGUUACUUCAGCAAAAAGGGAUGGAAAUGGAAUGGCAGGUUGCGUUAAUUAUUAAUGAUAUAUUAUAUUACAACAAUGAUAGAGCACUAGAGCUCUCUUUAGAAUUCCAAAAUUAGAGCUCUCAAUCAUUAUUCAUUAUAUUAUAAUAAGUUUUUAUUUUCUCUUAGUAUAGUUAAGGUUUGGAGGAAUAU